CGGUGCCGUCCGCGUCAGCGGCGCCCGCGGUGACGGCGACGUGCGGCCCGCGCCACUGCUGCCCGCAGACGCCCCGGACCCCCGGAGCUCAUGGCCCAGGCGAAGAUCAGCGCCAAGGCCCACGAGGGUCGCUUCUGUCGCUCCUCGUCUAUGGCAGACCGCUCCAGCCGCCUGCUGGAGAGCCUGGACCAGCUGGAGCUCAGGGUCGAAGCUUUGAGAGACGCAGCGACUGCUGUUGAACAAGAGAAAGAAAUCCUCCUGGAGAUGAUCCACAGCAUCCAGAACAGCCAGGACAUGAGGCAGAUUAGUGACGGAGAAAGAGAAGAAUUAAACCUGACUGCAAACCGCCUGAUGGGCCGAACCCUUACCGUUGAGGUCUCAGUGGAAACGAUCCGAAAUCCCCAGCAGGAGGAAUCCUUGAAGCACGCCACAAAGAUUAUAGACGAGGUGGUCAGUAAGUUCCUGGAUGACGUGGGAACUGCCAAGAACCACCUAAUGUCUCUCUACAGUGCGUGUUCGUCUGAGGUGCCGCCUGGGCCAGUGGACCAGAAAUUUCAAUCGAUAGUGAUCGGUUGUGCUCUUGAAGAUCAGAAGAAAAUCAAGAGACGGCUGGAGACACUGCUGAGGAACAUUGACAACUCUGACAAGGCCAUCAAACUACUAGAGCACUCUAAAGGAACCGGUCCCAAAGCUCUGCAGAACACAGACGGCAAAUUUAAUUAGUCUUCAAACCCACGGGCCCUUACAAACACUGUUUAAAACAAAAAAAGAAAAGAAAAACCACUAUUUUAAAUAACAAUUUCUUUAUGUUGGGAAUAACCACUUAUACCUCAUACUGAUAACUGUUUCAGGUGAGGAUGUGUCCCAGUGUCAACAGAUACACAGCACUUAAAACUAGAAGUAUUUCAGUCGCCUCCUUAGAAGUUUUGGACAGCAUUCUGUCUUGAACCUGACUCCAGUACUGUAUGUUUAACCUCUGAAGAUGCACACGUCGUGUGUGGGAAAAUAAAUAGAGGGCAAAUGCAGCACUGCUCUUUCCUUGACUUCAGUAGGUGCACCCAGCCCCUGGAUCAGUGUAGUCACCCCAGUGUGAGCAGCACCCAGCCCCUGGAGCAGUGCAGUCACCCCAGUGUCAACAGCACCCAGCCCUGAAGCAGUGUAGUCACCCCAGUGUGAGCAGCACCCAGCCCCUGGAGCAGUGCAGUCACCCCAGUGUGAGCAGCACCCAGCCCCUGGAGCAGUGCAGUCACCCCAGUGUGAGCAGCACCCAGCCCCCGCAGCAGUGCAGUCACCCCAGUGUCAACAGCACCCAGCCCUGGAGCAGUGUAGUCACCCCAGUGUGAGCAGCACCCAGCCCCCGCAGCAGUGCAGUCACCCCAGUGUCAACAGCACCCAGCCCCCACAGCAGUGCAGUCACCCCAGUGUCAUGUAGUCACCCCAGUGUGAGCAGCACCCAGCCCCUGAAGCAGUGUAGUCACCCCAGUGUGAGCAGCACCCAGCCCCCGCAGCAGUGUAGUCACCCCAGUGUGAGCAGCACCCAGCCCCCGCAGCAGUGUAGUCACCCCACUGUGAGCAGCACCCAGCCCCUGGAGCAGUGCAGUCACCCCAGUGUCAACAGCACCCAGCCCCUGGAUCAGUGCAGUCACCCCAGUGUGAGCAGCACCCAGCCCCUGGGACAGUGAACUCUACCACAGUGAACAGAGCACCCAGUCUCUGGAGCAGUGUGUUCACACCAGUGUGAAUGGAGCACCCAGCACCUGGAACAGGGUACUCAUACCACACGGGGUACCCAGAACGGUGGGCCUAGAAGGAUAAAAGGAAACACAUCAGAACCUCACCCUGCAUGUUCUCAGUUUUUGGGCCAUCUGUUUUAUGCAUCUCAUGACAUGUGUUUUUAUGUGUGUGGAAGCAUGACAUGAAACGUGAGGAAACCACCUUCAUUUUCCCAUGGUGAAGUCUGUAUCCACCGGGCCGCAGCAGCCUCUCUUCAGCAUGGGUGUGCAUGGGCUGCCCUGAAGUCACCGUGUAUGCAGUGGGAGCCUGGGAUAAUGACCCAGUAGUCACUUCUCUGUGGACAUGUGGGUGGUUUCAACUUGUUGCUAUAACUACAGCAUAGUUAUGUCCUUAAAGCUUUUUUUCUGUACUUGGUCUUCUUUGUAUACAAUUCCAUUAAUGGGUUCAUUGGGCCAAGAUAUAUGUACAUUUUCAUGGCCUAAAAACAUACUUCUAAAUUUUUAUAAGUUUUAUCAGUUUGUACUGCCUUCAGUAAUUAAAAGAAUCCAUUUCACUGAA